UUGUUUAGAAGACAAAAUAAUCUUAUUUGGCCAUUUUGCCUCUUUCAUUACAAGGUUUAUCGUGUCUUCUAUGAUCGUCUUAUUACUGACGCUGAUCGCCAAAAGUUUUUUGAGAUUGUACGUCAGACCUGCUCAGACACUUUUCGUACUAACUUGGAUAAGGUGCUAGGCCAUCUCUCGAAGAGUGGACGAGUUGCAGAUGAAGAUGUGCGUAGUCUGAUGUUUGGAGAUUACUUGAAUGAUGAAGGUGUAUAUGACGAGGUUACGAACCUGAAAGAACUGGCAACUCGGAUGGAAAGUUUUUUAGAGGAUUAUAACCAGAUAUCCAAGACUCCUAUGCGUCUUGUUAUGUUCAAAUUCGCAAUGGAGCAUGUCAGUCGAGUGAGUAGGGUAUUGAAACAAGAUAGUGGACAUGCACUCCUUGUAGGGGUUGGUGGAAGUGGUCGUCAAAGUGCUUGUCGGUUAGCAGUGCAUAUGGCUGACUAUGAACUGUUCAGCAUUGAGAUUUCUCGCAAUUACGGUCAAACUGAAUGGCGUGAUGACCUAAAACGCUUACUUCUUAAGACGGGUUGCGACGGCAAGCCGACGGGAUUUCUCUUAUGUGAUAGCCAGAUUAAAUAUGAAUCUUUUAUGGAGGAUAUCUCGAUGUUGCUAAACUCCGGCGACGUGCCCAACCUCUUCCCAUCUGACGAAAAAGCAGAGCUGCUAGAAAAGAUGCAAACCUAUUCCAGAGCGGAGGGCAGGAAGGUGGACCUCUCUCCUCUGGCUAUGUACAACUACUUUACUGAGAGAGUUCGUAAAAACUUGCACAUCGUCUUGGCUAUGAGUCCGAUAGGUGAUUCUUUUCGCUCAAGGCUGCGUAUGUUUCCUUCGCUUAUCAACUGUUGCACGAUCGAUUGGUUUCAGGUAAUUUGUUGCAACAAAUUGCCCAAGGAUGGAUUUACAUGGUAG